ACGUGGGGUAGCUCCUUAGCUCCAAUCCACGUCCCCAUCUUAUUUGACAUAAUCAGGAUCGCAAACACGAUGACAUGUCUACAAACUUACUCAAAUUCUCAGUCUUUCCCACGUCAAAAUGGACCCAAUGACACCCAAAACGAGAUCUGUACGAGUCGACAGCUUGAUGAACUCAUCGCCGAUUCCAACGGUCCAUAAAACUCUCACCCUACCUGACCUCUGCGAUGACGUCUUACUACUUAUAUGCAAUCUCCUCAAACACCACCACCACCAACAAACCCCUUGGAAACAUCUUUCACUCACAAACCGCCGUCUCUACCAUCUCUUGACCCCUCAACUUUUCAACACUAUACGCAUCACCGCCCCACUCAAAGCACUUGAUCCAAACACUUUAACACCUCAUCUACACCAUCACGUCCGAACACUGAAAAUCGACAUGUUCGGCAGUCUGUGGUGGUGGUGUUCGGGCGCCUACGUGUCAAGCAGUGAUGCAAUCGACCUGUUUACUUUUAUGCGAAGCUUGCUGCGGUUAGAGAGAUUGGAGGUGAGGAUGAUGAGCCGGAGUUUGGACAUAUUUUCGACUGCAUUCACCGAAUGUUCUUCGUCUUUGAGUCCUGAGUUGUUUGAGCUAAGGGGAGUGAAGACGUUGACUGUGAAUAGCAGUGCUGCGUUUCUGGUAACUCAUUGUCCCGAUCUAGAGACCCUGGUGCUAAAAGGGAAGGGGGAUGGGGAGGACUGUGCAAUGGAAAAGUACACCGACUUGGAGAGUUUGUUCGAGACCAUGCCGCCCCCAAGUUUGCGAAACGACCAAGACUCGCUUUUCAAGUGUGCAGAGGGACUGAGAAGUUUCGAUGGAAGCGCUAGCUGGUCUCUUCCCGAACUCACCUUUCUCACCACCACUUUCCCGCAUCUCCAUCAUCUCGUACUACGCAGUGAAUCUUACUGUUACCGAGCUGACGUCGCAUCUAUGAUGCGUGUACUGGGACCAUGCUUGAAACAACUCAAGAGGCUGCAGAUCAGCAAGAUCGAGUAUCUAGAGAUGGGAUAUCGGGGGCUUUGGAAACGAGCUGUUAUGGAAUGUAAGACUGAAGAAGCAAGGCGGGCAUUGUGGGAACAUAACGAGAAAAGGAGAGUAGUGGCUGAGAACGAGGUUGCGCGGUUGGCAUUUGCUAGUCUUGGGGCAUUAAAAGAGCUGUGGGUGGGUGAGCAAAGGGUUGCGAGGCGAUCACAACAAACGAAUGAAGGGGUUCAACAAAGCUGGAUAUGGGACCGCAGGGCGGAUACAGUUGGAGAUUAUGCAGUUGUUGGGACGAUGUGGGCGAAGUAUCAGAAAGAAAGGGAAGAUGUGAUAGAAAGGAGCGAGCUGGGGAUGUGAAGGAACAGAAGAGUCAAAGGUAUCUUGUUACAACGUCACAACACUGCGUUACAAAGUCUAGAGUAAAGAGAUGCGAAUUUUACAGGAACACGAUGAAGUAUUGAUCUGUCGCAGACAAACUCAUGUACAUAUAGAGAGCUAUCCACUCAAGAACAGAUGAUUCACUACACAUAGUGUCUAAAUAAUAAUAACAUACAUCAUAUCGAAGGGGGAGUGCGAGCACGAAUGAUCAGAAAAAAUGCUACGCGUAA